AUGCAUGCCCGUCUUGAAAUGCGUGAGGAGCAGGGCCCCGUUAUUGCCGGCCCUGCCUGGGAUGAAUUUCCCGAAAACGCUCACCCCGAAGGGGCUCGCGAUGACGAAUUAUACGUUGGCGGUAUCCGCUACCCUCUUAAUGAGAAUGAUUCCGUUGGCAGUGUCGAAAACCUACCUUCUGCUAGUGGCAAUAGCCAAAUGAGCACCACUCAUCUCUUUGACGAUGAUAUUCCACCCAUGCAUGAUUCUCAGGGUACACAUCAGGGUAUCUCUCAGCCUUCCUCACCGGGUACUUCUGAGGUUACCUCUCAGGUUUCUUCUCAGGCUACCUCUCACAACACUUCUCAGAGUACUUCUCAGGGUAGUACCACUUCCGAAAGCUCGGAGGAUCCCAUUGUCAAUGGUCCUCCUAUUCUUCAUGGACCCCCUAUUCUUCUCGAUGAAGCAGCCCUGCAAGCUUUAGAGGAGGAAGUACGCCGCAUUGAGGCGUUUGUUGAACACCUCGAUGGCUUUGUUCGUCAUUUGACAGACAGAUCAAGGGACCCGAACGUGGAGUACCACUUCCAAGAGUUCGUUCCUAACCUUUCACUCACCCCGAUCAGAUAUUACAGGGGCAUCUCACGUCAAGAAAUGAGACAGAGGUUGGAGAGGUUCAAUAUGAUGAACUUGCAGAGCGCAUUGGAAGCCACUCCAAGUGACAACAGUUCUACCGUUGAAACUACUUCAGUUGGAGAACAUGAUCAGCGUACCAAUGAGGUAAACACUCUUCAAGGCGAGGAUAAUAAGCGCGCUAGCUCGGCCAACGGUGAGAAUAAAAAGUUGAAUAUUGGCGGAGAUGAGUAA